GGGACGAGCCUCACCAACUGCCUGCAUCUGGUCAAGGAAGAAAGUGAAAAAGGGGAGGGUAGGAGAAGGCACUGGUGGCGGCAGCGACUGCUUGUUCUGUAUGAGUCUUUCCCAAGGGAGUCUGGAGGCUUGUUCCCUCUCAGAGGUUGGGAAACUGGAGGCCGGUGCUGUGGCUGAGGUGAGCCCCGAGAAGAACUGGAGCAGCCCCUCCCAGGACCCCAGCACUGAUUCCAGAGAGCCCAACAAACUCUGCUUUCCCACAUACUUGCAUGGAGAAAAAAAAAGCCUGCAAAUCAAGGAAUUUAUCUGGUGCAUGGAAGAGUGGGCCAUUCCUGAGACAGUUAGCAGUAAGACCUGCAGAACCCCCUGCGGAAGCACUGACCGGAGCCUCUCUGCCUCCGACUCCCUCGCAUCCAAGGACCUCGUGGUUCUGCCCCCACUGAAAAGCUGCCCCCCCAACAGCUUGGAUGUCCUGAGUAAGAAGGACAGGAGUAUUUUCUGGCAGCCGGAAGAGAAGGCACAAAGAGGGGAAAAGGACGAGUGUGUGGCUUGUUCAGAUAGGUUGAAAACAGUCGAUGGGAAAGGAGAAAAGAGACACCUUGAGCUGGCCAGCCGCCUGAAGGUCACCGACCAACUGCCUUUCCCGCCACCUAUGGUCCGGACACACCUGCUGGCGGCAGAGUCCCAGAGGUGCUGCCUGCGCUGGUCCCUCCUGCCCCAGAAGAGCUCUACGUAUCCAUCCAACCCCGACAACAUCCGCUAUCUUGCCACCUUGCAGGUUUUGCAAAAACAGGGAAUGCCAAGCUACAGAAGCAGACUCAAAGCCAAGGAAUCCAAACCUUCCAGGAACACCUCCAGACACACUCUCGGGGAGGCUAAGCAGGAAAGCAGUGACUUGGGGGCUGCCUCAGUGGGUAGAAGAAUUUGCUGUGCAUGCAUGAGGAUCCGAGUUCAAAUCUCCAGCACCCACACUGGAGUCAGACUCUGCGUAGCUAUGAUGCCAGUGCUCUCAGAAGGAGAAGGAAGCAUAGACAGGAAAAUCUCUGGAAGCCGUGGUCCAGCCAGAUUGUCGUAUACUGUGGAAAAGCAACGCAGACCUCGUCUCGCGGUAGAAGGUGAGGACCAACACCCAAGGGGUCCCCUGACCUUCACCCAUGUGGACCCACUUCAUACACAUAGACAAAAAUGUCUGAACAUUCUACAAGCCUUGGUGGAAACACAGGACAGUGCUCUUCCGCUGAGCUACACCCCCAGCCCCUUAAAAUCACUUAGAAUCAGGAGAAGGGCCAAUCUGAAUAAAGGGUCAACAUGUCCUAAGGUUUGUGGGGGACACAGGAGAUCUAGUCAUUGUUAAGCAUGUGCAAGGCCCUGACUUGAACCCAAGAGCCCCACUGCAGUCCCAUGCAAGUUGUAGUAGCCUGCACAGUUUUUUUUUAUAUUUGUGUGUUUACAUGUGCAUAUGUGUGUAUACAUGUGCAUAUGUGUGUAUACAUGUGCAUGUGCCUUGACGUGUAUUUAGAGGUCAGAGGGCUGCUUAAUGGAGUCAGUUCUCUCUCCUCCAAGUGCGUCCUGGGAACCGAACUCAGAUCAUCUGAUUUGGCAGCAAGCUUCUUUCCCCACAGAACCAUCUUGCCAGCCCCUCCUCCCUUGUUCCUUUGAAGCGUGAUCUCACAGUGUAAUCCAGGCUGGCCUUGAUGUGCGGCUCUUGUAUUUCUUUUGACCAGAUAAUCUAUAACAAAAUAUGCAGAAGAUGCCUCUAUGGACACAUGAACUUUUUGCAUUAGGCACUUCCCUGCCCAAGUGGUUGUUCAAGUGUCUGAUAUAGUCUCCUACAGUCAUUUAAAAAAAUUAUUUUUAUACAAUAUAUUUUGAUCAUUUUUCCCUUCCUAUAUCAUUAGCAUACUUCAUAUAUGGAGUUGCAUAUGGCUGCCUGUUGUGUCUAGAAGACACUGUUUCUUUGGAGCCAUCCAUUACCUCCUGUAGUGGCAUUUAACAAUGUAAUGCAAAAUUCUAGUCCUUGAAAAUUAUUAUCAACUGUUUAGGAUAAUAAACAUUAGUUAGUAGUUAAUCACCUAGUAUAAUCGAACUUGUUAGUCACAUUAGGUGUGCUUUCAAGGUCAAACAAAGAUAUAAUUUAGAUAGACAGGUCAUCUUAAAACACUUCAGAGAUCUACAGAAUAUGGCAUUUAAGAUGU